AUGUUUUUAGAUUUGUUUUUCCUUGAUUUUCAAAUCAUUUCCGUAUUCUUCCACUUUUCUCUUCCCGUUAUCUAUUUGUCUAAGUGCUCGUUUUCUUUUUUUUCAUUCUUUCUUCCAAUCUUUCUUUCUUUCAUACUCUUUCUUUCUUUCUUUCUUUCUUUCAUACUCUUUCUUUCUUUCUUUCUUUCUUUCUUUCUUUCUUUCUUUCAUACUCUUUCUUUCUUUCUUUCAUACUCUUUCAUACUCUUUCUUUCUUUCUUUCUCUAUUUCUUUCUUUCACUUUUCUUUCUUUCUUCUUUUCUUUCUUUGUUUCAUACUCUUUCUUUCUUUCUUUUCUUUCUUUCUUUUUUUUCUUUCUUUCAUCUUUCUUUUCUUUUCUUUCUUUUUUUAAUACUUUUUUUUUUUUUUUGCUUUUUCUUUUUUGUUCUUUCUUUCUUGUCACGUUUCUUUUUCUUUCACUUUUUCUUUCUUUCUUUCUUUUUUCUUUUCUUUUCCUUUUUUUUUCAUACAAUUUCUUUCUUUUUUGCUCCUUCUUUCUUUUUUUCUUUUUUUAUACAGACUCUUACUUUCUUUUUUGUUCUUUCUUGCUACGUAUUUCCGUUUCUUUCUUUCUUUCUUUCUUUCUUUCUUUCUUUCUUUCUUUCUUUCUUUCUUUCUUUCUUAUCCACUGUUUCAUUCUUGCCGCUUUCUUUCUUUCAUUCAUUCAUUCAUUCUUUCUUUCUUUCUUUCUUUCUUUCUUUCUUUCUUAGUGUCUUCUUCCUUCCUUUCUUUUUUGAUUUUUUCUUUCUUUCUCAUUCCUUAUUCUCCCUCUUUUUCUUUCUUUCUUUCUUUCUUUCUUUCUCAUUCCCCAUUUUUUCCUUUUAUAGUCUUCUUUCUUUCUUUCUAUCUUUCUUUCUCAUUCUUUAUUCUUUCCUUUUAUAG